CAGGCGACAGUCGGCAACUGGCGCAGCGGUGGGAUAACUGGUCUGACAGCAUCCCUGCCUCGUCACCUCCCUUGUCCCAUCCACACUCGCACAUCACGCAGUAAACAAGCUGCUUCGUUGACUGAAACAGUGAGGAAGGAAAGGCCAUGCACGUGUGGCCGGCGGCGGUGGUGUUGGCGGUAUGGGCGGGGAUAGGCGGUGCUGUGGGGAUCACAACGCCUCUCCCUCUGUCCACGCAACAGCCUGCUGACACGCCCACGUCAACGGCUUCCAACAUUCUCAGCAACUCGGCGGCGCCACCCACACUUACACCCGCCUCCGAAACGGCGCCCAUCACUCAAGCUAAUUCCAGCUUCCUAGAGACGUCUGUUCCAAGUAACUCCAAGGACGAUGACACACCCACGUCCUCCUCCACGCCCACAGUCAGCAAACACAACACCAGUAUCCAGCCCGCCCGCCACCUACGUCCACCACCUCCACCACCACAACCACCACUCCCAGCACUACCACACCAACUACCACCACUACCACCAGCUCUACUACCACCACUCCCACCACCACCACUACCACCACACAAACGCCUCCCCCACCCGCCCUGCCUCUUCCUCAACUCCCUUCAACUUACGAGAUGACGGUGGAGGUGUUGGACAUCCACAACCACGAGACCUUCACAGUGACCGAGCGAGAGAACGAAGGCUGGGCGUCUCACAAACUCACCUCCUCCACCCUCAACGUCUCGUGUAUCUACAUGCCCCUAAAGGCAGAAGGAUACCUGCUCGAAGGUGUGAAGUGUGACCGUUCCUCACGCAUGCCUAACAGAUGCUUCUGCACCGAUCGGUUCUGCCGCCCCUACAUCUCCCUGAGCAUACUGCUGGAGUACCUGCAGACACACAUACCCACUCACACCGAGCAUGAGAUGAAAGGCGUGGGUGGGAUGAAGGUGGAAGUGUGGCGAGCCAGCAAGACUGACAUGACAAUUGAGGCUGUGUACACCCGCACCAGGAGAGACCUCACGCCCCUCUCCUUCACCGUCAAGGGACCAGGUAGUGUGUUCAUGAUACCCAACGGUCCCAUCUGGCUGCAGUACCAAGUGAGGUCCUGGGCACUCACCACCGUGCCCACCCAGGAGCUGGUGUCCACGCCCCCUGGAGUCGUGUGUCCUGUUCACGAGAGAAAAUUCCUACCCAAGCUAUCCAAUCAGUUUUCCCUCACCAUGGAAACUGUGAUCCAGAAUCUGGGCACCAUUGCAUACGAGUCACAGCACUAUGAGGCGGAGGAGAAGCUGGUAUCGUUCACGUACCGGCCACACUUGCACGCUGACGGCAUGUUCCUCCUUAACAUCCCUGGCCUCACGGACCUCACUAUCGAGACCUACCGCGUCAUCCAUGACUUCAAGACCGGCAUCCAGUACAUGAUCAACGAGAAGACCACCAAUUGCAGCAUCCAGGGCAUCCCCGUGUCUGCCCUGGACGCUGCUUCGGCCGAGAAUCAACACAUCAGACUCCGCCACGCCUCGGAACUCAUCUCCAUUGACCCCAACUUGUUCUUCUACAAGGGCACGCGUGUGGUGCGUGGAAUCCUGUGUGACGUGUGGGUGGCGGAGCGCGGAGUGAGGAAGGGCCAGUAUUACACAGUGGAGGUGUUCUUCUCCCACGAGAACUGGACGGUGGAGGUGGAGGUGUUCAACAAGGUGCGGCAGGUCCCCAUCGGAAUUUCCUCGUACAUUGCAGACGCGGACAACCCUAGCCGCUGGACAUCUGUGGUGCAUACUUUCUUCUACGAGUACCGCGACGGGCAUCCCUCAUGGCGGCACUUUGAUAUUUCACCCUGCCUCAACCGCAUUAACCGCCUCUUCCUCAUCCUGACGCUCGAGGUUUCCUAUACUGAGCUGGUCCACUACAACCUGGAGGCCGCCAAGAACUCCAUCAGGCGUGCGGUGGCCGGCAUCGCUGGGGUCUCUCCUCUCAGGGUCACAGACAUGUUUCUGAGCAGCCGCCAGAGCACAGGGGAGGUGGACGUGUGGUUCGUGCUGCUGGAGAAGCCAGAUGUCACGGGGCCCAUCAUCACCCCGCGACCACAGCUCCUCAUGGCGGACGCGUAUAAGCUCCUCCUUGACAUCACGCAGAACCACAACGUCUCCGUCAAGCUGGACCUCUCGUCGAAGAAGAAGCUAUUCGUGACCAUCAAGAGUGGCUCCCUAACCACCACCACGGAGGCCCUGCACCCACACAUGAGACACAGGUCCAUUCGUUACCUGAAGGCGGGGUACACUGCUGGCAGCAUGGCGGGCCUUGGUUUCUCCAUGGCCAUCCUGGGUACGUGUGUGGGGAUCUUUGUGGGUUUCUUGUUGUGGAGGCGCCAGACCACCAAACCCUGCCAUCUGGUGGACUGACGCCGGAGCUAUAUUGACCUGGCAGGCCCCAGCAUACUCACAUGAAACACAGCGGGUGUGUGGCUCCAGCGUCAAUAGGUAUCGACAAUACUCAAUUACAAUGCAAAGGGAUUUCUAUUCACAGUGAUUUGCACAAACAAUGCAGGUUACUUCUAUAAAUAUGAAAUUAUUUAGAUUCAACCGGCUCAAACCAAAUGCUUGCCUCAUUCAUUGUAUUGUGAUAAAAGUAUCCAUGGCGUGUAUAACCUAACUUGGCAAGCAGCGAUGUGUGUUGUGGCUGGCGUGUGAUCUUGGGCGCGUCAAACACACACCUAAGUAGUUAACCUAUAAUAUGUGCCAGAAACCGUAACGUUUGUUGGGUCAUCGAGGUAACCAUACACGCACACGCCCUCAAACUUAUCUACUUCCAUUAAACCUGUGUACAGGAACUUUACGUACAUUGCACAAAGUGUAUAAACUUAAUGUUUAGAUCUGAGUGAACUGGCGUUGCUUUCCUGACUAGGUGUGAAAUAUUGGCACGAAAGUAUGAGUAUUUCAUCCAUGGUAAUUUUUUCCGUCAUCUUACAAUCUUCUUUAUUACCACUUGAAAAUUACUCUGCCCUAAGAUUGCUUGUGAAAUUAUAAUAAGCGGAAUAACUGCUCAGAACUCAGCAACAAUACAGACUGAAACAAUAUUCAUCCAUUGAAGAGAGCCAUCAUUUUGAACCUUUACGCAUCAAUCUUUUUUACGUGUGACCGCCAUGCGUCUCCGCAUGUUCACUAUGCAUUCAACUCUGCGAAAAGUAUCUCUUGUCCAUCUGAUAUUCAGAACUACAUAUACGUAUACAUUUAUACACCUAUAAACUUCUUUCGUGAAAACUCAGACAAUAUUUCAAUCAUUGAUAGCUUCCACCUGUCAUGCAAUAAUUAUGAUCACAGGUACAAACAGCGCAGUAUUAACCAGGUGAUGUGAUGGAUCAGCUUUACUAGUAUUCAUAAGGCUCACUCAUGUGCGUACUAACAAAGCUGUAAUGUAAUCGCAAUGCAUUUAAUCUCCAUUACACUUUUUUUUUCUUUUUAUUAGUAUCAUUAUGUAGCCUGUUGAUGAUCUACAUAAUAUUUAUCUAUCAGUCUGCAUCUAUAAACCUUUCAAGUUUCAAUCUACUUAUCUAUCUAACCAUAUAUCUAUCUAUAUCCUAUAUAAUAUUACAUCUAAGUACGUAUGUGUCUAUCUCUAUAUAACUAUCAAUGCUGGGAACUUGAACAGCGUGACAAGAAUAAUGAAAAAAAAAAAAGUCCAGCUCCUUCCUCGCAGGUGUUUGUACACUUCAUGCGCAGUUCAGUAAUCUGAGUCUGGGCAGAUUUUUCAACUAUACUUCUAAGAUAAUAAUCUCUCUCUCUCUCUCUCUCUCUCAUACUAGGUAGUUUCGUCUUAUCACACAAGUCCCGGUUUUUUUUUUUUUUUUAACUAUUUGCUAUUUUCACAUCCUGAAUAUAUAUUUGAUUAAUUUCUUCAAUUCAUUCCAUACUCUUGCUUUUGUAGUACGGUGUUUGGAAUUCUUAUUUCAUUUUAAUAUGUUCUCGUUCCCGCAGUCGCUCUAUUAGCUUCUAACCUUAUACUAUCCAACCUCAGAAUGGUAGGACUUAGUAAUGCUCACCCGUAGCAGCAUGAGAGGUUCUUGGUAGACAUACCAGAGAACAACAGCGAUUGUAAAAUAGUCCCUCUGUAGUUUUAGAUAAUAUAUUCUUACUCUUCAACUGACUUCCCCUCCUGCUCCUCCUUGACGCUACCAUCCCCUCCUAGGCUUUGUAGAGUAUAGGUAUGAGGCAGAUAAUAACUUUGUUGUGUAUAACCUCGAGUCUUGUGCUCAAUAGUGUAGAAAACAUUGAUUAAUUUGAAUUAGGAAUGCAAAUUUCGGCGAUUUUUUUUUUUCAAAAUUUAAUAAGUGCAUAAGGAUGAAAAGGUCAAUUGUGAGGACGAUUAAGUAAGAAAAUCGUAUGAAUUCAUUGAUAUUUUGAGCAACUACUCAAACUGCAUUACGCAUGUAGCUAAUCAGUACUUGAGCCAUGCAUGUUGCAGGUCAUAUGAAGAAUCAAACAACAGACUGAUUACUGUACAAACCAUUGUGAAGUUGUUAAUGCCUAGACUAAUUUUGAUAACGGUUCAAAGCAUUAUUGUGAGAUUAGUUAGAGAGGAUGAAGUAUGAAGUUCCUGGGGAAUGAAGAGUGUACAUGACCAGUAGUUGUUAAGCAGGGCAGGUCCGGAAUGCUCCACUCACCAUCGCAACUUGUCCCUAACCUCGGAUCUGCCUUGCCUUUAAACUGCUAAAAUACUCAACACUUUGGCAAACUGUCGUGCCAUCGUCUGUACCAGCUAGUAGUUCUGGCCGUGCUCGCCCUCUCUGCAUGGGCUAGGGGUGCAGACGCCUCAGCCUAGCGUGGGACGAGGCGUGGCCUGGUAAGUGUGCCCACCUGUGAGCACACGUCGUCCAAUAGUCGUCCACUAGUCGUAAGGAACUUCAGCGUGAUACCAUAACUUUGUGGCUGAAGCUGGUGCUUCUUGGCACAGGUGGAUGUAGCUAGCAAUCUUUGACUAGUAAAGCAGGUGUACUCUAUAUUCUGAGGACGAAGAGUUACACCUAUAAAGUAUUAUGUAAUUUAGUUGCAUGAAGUUUCCAUGCUUCUAUCCCUUAUGGCGACACUUGUGCCAAAAAUGUACCAAGCAUCGCCGUGUACAUAAAUGCCUCAACUGAUGCAGUGAGUCUUGUAGGUUACGCCAAGCGUGCACGACAUAGAGCAACAACAGUAACUUUUCAGUACUGUGCAAUGUUUUCUUUUUUAAGCCAAUAUACUGUACGUCGCCACAAAGUGAAGGAUGUCCUGUAUAUUACUUUUAGGUGUAAUGGGUUUCAAAUGUACAUUUUGUUGACUACCAAGAACAUAGUAUUUUUUUUUUUCCCGUUGAUAAUUCGAUUUUAAGGCUUUAGAAUUUGAGAGCACAAAACAUUACCUAAUAAUUGUUGCAGGCGUGUCGAUGAGUCUUGUGAAGGUGUGCAUUGUUUGUCGUGCACCGGUAAGUAGUAUAUGACUACCGGCAAGGUGAACAGGGUCUGGUAUACUAGGAGGUCUGGCCUUAUGAAUAGGCCGUCAUCAAAUAAAGGUGAAAUACGUACUUACGAUUAAAAUGAAACUUUCUCAGAAAAGCUUAAGCCGUUAAAUGCAAUGUUUGUGUCAACGGCUGAUAGGGUUGACGCGUUUCCGGUUUGUUCGUAACCCAAUAGUGACUGAUCUGUGCUAGACGAACCAAAGAUGAUUUGUAUUAGUAUGAAAUAUUAAAUUAAGUUCUACCGAGACAAAACUGUCCAUGUAUAAAUAUUAGAUGCUUACGUGUACGUACUACUUUAUAAAUUGUUAUCUGAUAAUUUUCAAAACAAUGCAUGUAAUUUAAUCUGUAGUUUCUGUAUCAUACACUGGCAUGGAGGCAAUAUAACUAUAAAUAAUAAACACAAGGAA